AUGGCUGCCAAGAAACGUUGUCAACUUCAAGCUGAGACUCCAUGCAACUCUGCAGUUCUUCGCAUAGUCGGACAGUGUCCUCACUGCCGUGCAGAGUUCUGCGGUGUACACCGCUUGCCCGAACACCACAACUGCAACAAACUCGAAGACUGCAGACAACAGGCCUUUGAAAGGAACAAGGCCAAACUUGAGAGUGAACGAACCGUGGCCCCAAAGAUGGCCAUGGCAUGA